AUGAGACUGUCAACUGCAUUGGCAUCGAUAUGGCCAGUACUGUUUCUCGCUGCGCCCUCUGCUGCCGAGACGGUCACUACCACGGACGUUUACUACCCAACUAUCCUUAGCGCAGCCAACAAUGUGACUGGGUUACCCGGUGGCAACGAGUUUUGCGGUACUCAACGUGUGCCAAUUGCAGCUGACUCAUUGGGCCAGGCCCAAGGGGAAUAUUCUUGCGCUUUCUUCACGUGGCAUCGUCGGUUACUAUUGGCUUAUGAGUCGUAUCUUCGUGAUCUUGACGACCGUUUCGCAUGUCUUACAUUACCUUACUAUGAUGUACAUACUGCUUACAUUCAGACAGUUAAUGGAGAAUGUACCAGUAUGUUUGAGUGUAGUGGUAUUUUUGAUGCUAUUGGUGGAGCUCCUAAUUCGACUACUGAGAUGACAUCAACAUUCAAUGGCAUUAAUGCGACUGGUUAUGCUAUCACCGGUGAACCCUAUUAUAACCUCUGCAAUAACAACGACAAUUGUAGCUCCAUUGUCCGUGACAAUUUAUUCAACAAAUCGAUACCCAGUGCUGCUAGUUUCAGUACAUUUCAAAGUGUAGUAGCCACAUCGGGUGACUAUGCAACGUUCCUGCAAGGAAUUCAAUAUGGUGUACACAAUGAAGUGUUGAAUGCAAUUGGUGGUACUCUGUCCACAGCAGUGGCUGCCCGUGAUGCAUUAUAUUAUUCAUGGUACUCGUCUAUUGAUAUGUACUUGCAUGUGUACCACUUGUGUCGUAUUGGUGUCCCUCUCACGAUUGUUGAGAUCAUCGAGUCGCUUGAGGUGUUUGCCAAUGUCACGCAGACUUGCGGUGGCCUUAAGGGUGUCGAUGCAGAGUCACCUCUCAUCAUGCGAAUCGCAGUCGACGGUAAACUUAUGGAUGCGUCACAGCACCCGAAGAUCGGUCAAUACUUUGGGUAUGUUGGUAGUGACAGUUGGAAUUACGUUGACAUUCAACAGCUCGGAGAUUACUCGUACACGUACCAGUUACCGGAGGUGCUGCGUCAGCAAAUCCUAAGCAACAAUGACGUCUGUACGGGUUUCAACCGUGCAUUUGCUGCGUCGUACACGUCACUGAACGCUUCUGCUGUGAAACGCACGAUGACGAGCAGGACAACUACUAAAACAACAACUACUAAAACGACCCAGAUUGUGAAUGGCACGAGGGUAACGACAACUAGAGUAGUCAAGGAGGUGACGAGGGCAAAUAGUACAGCAGCAGUGACUGCCAAGUCAACGGUUACAAAGGGCCAUCUCAUCAGCAGAUACAAUUACACGUAUCUGGGCAACUUCAGCACGAACGAUAUGGCUUUUGGCGAGGGCACUUAUGUCUUUAAUGGCUACAUAGGCUACACGCCAUACUACAGCAACGGAGCAAUCACGACAAAGCAUAAUGGUAUCGUAAGUGUUAACCACUCUUUGGGUGCCAACUCGUUUACUUCGACAUCUUCCUCGAUCGCCUCAGCUCAAAUAGACGCAACGUACUCUAACAUAUCAAACGUGGUGGCAAACUUAACGGUGGGCACGCGUUUAGUGGCUCGUAACAUUACGGCAUCUGUGGCUACUUCUGGCAGGUACUGGGCGUGGCUACAGACGGCGUAUAACGGCCUGUACACUCGGUUUGAGGGUAACGUGGAUUUAGUGGCGACGCAUAUGAAGUUGCUUGAGUGCUACACGUUUGACAGUGUGUAUGGAUUGUCCAACCUUACGUCCACUUUCGUAACAAAUAAGAACUUGGUAACAAACCGAGUGUCAUGUCGUCAGCGUCUAGACCUUGUGCGUUCGGGUUUACUGCAAUUGGCAGUGCGUUCAACCGCCUAUACCGUCGGAAGCUUGAGAUUCGCUAACUCGACUGUCAUUAGAACCAUCCUCACGUCGUACAGGCGCGUGACCACUCGUAACGUGACGUACGUCCGUGGUUCGUACAUUCAACGUAUCCGGAAAAACCUUGACGCGACCCAGCAAUCUCUGGACAACGUCACUGUUUUUUCGAUCAAUGAAUCAGGCAACGACGAGACAUUAGAAAUUGUUACGGAAACCGGCUUCGUCAAGUCGGACUCGACGAGCAUAACGCAGCAAAGCGCCACAACUACGGGUGCUGCCAAGAUUACAACUAGCUCCAUCACCACCACCAAUACGACAGCCGAUGCGUCGGAGAUCUUACCUGAGGCGUCAUCUGGACCCAAGGACCAAACCACCACUUCCGUUACAAAUGGUAAAACGCCAGGGACGAUGAACCGAAGCACUGCUUCCACCACCACUGUUGGAACGCCUGUGGCGCCAGUGACGACGAACCGAAGCACUGCUCCCACCACCACUGUUGGAACGCCUGUGGCGCCAGUGACGACGAACCGAAGCACUGCUUCCACCACAAUCGGUGGAACGCAUGAGGCAAAAAACACGCCGACUGCCAUGGGCCAGAUGACUACCACGACUAGCUUAAACGACGAGACGACUAAGACGACAACCGAUUUGAAGGAUGAGACCACGACCAUCCCGACCUCCAUAACCUCAAACGGUAGCCAUGUCCAAACAAGGACUACAGAGUCUGGCGGCUCAGUUGAGUCGAACACGGCAGUGAUGACUGCACCAUCAUAUGUUCAAACUACAGCUCCGGAAUCUUCGCCCGGUACGAGCUCGAACGCGAAUAAUCUCUCCACAACAAUUAAGUCCAGUGCAGCAACUCCUUACACAAUGCCAGGUGCGACGACGUCAGACGUUAUGCCCGCGCCUACAGUAAUAGUGAUGACUGAGACGUGCAUCGAAGUGUCUGUGGAAGGUGACGCGACGUACUGCAUUGAGGGGCCAAUUUGCAGUGGUUUUGGUGACUCGCCUCAUGGGUCUAGGUGUCCUGUGAAGGGCGACGUUGCCAACCAGGACUGCUGCCAGACGCUGGCUAGCUACACGACCUCUGGAACUUGUGUGUCACCUAAGGAUGCUCAAUGUGCGAAGCUCAAAACUGGCGCCUGGGGAUGUGUUGUCGACUUGGAGGAGACUCCAACUCCUAAUCUGACUACGACGGAGACUGAUACGACUCCUGCUCCCAUCACGUCGGAAAUGCAGAGCCCGACGCAAGCCUUUAGUGCGCCGGGCCCGACGAAUUCGAUACCGACUACGUCACAAACGACGCAGCCUGCACCAGCCCCGACGACGUUAGAAACUGAGCACCCUACACCUUGCCAGACACGCGGUAUCGACGAAUCCGAUACCGACUACGUCACAAACGAAGCAGCCUGA